AUGGUCAUGCCGGGUCGCAUGUACGACAUGCCGCUGACGUGGCGUCUGACGUUAGCAUCAGCUCCCCGCGGGUCCAACGGUGCUACAGCUGCGCACCUCUUGGCGCUGCUGUGCAGCUCCCGCACACCGCCCGACUGGCCCCUGAGCUUGACAGGGCGAUAUGUGGCAGGGCAGGAACACACCGUGUUCGGGUACACGAACACCUCUCUAGGGAAGAAUGGAACUUAUCCCUACGCCGUCGGCCAUGUCUCCAUCGCCUACCCUACUGCGAUGCGGAAAUGGCACCGCCUCCGGAAUACGGACGGAGUUGCAGUGCAGCAGUGCACCCGAAGCCGCAGGGCCCGGCCCCACGAGCACUUGCACUCGGUACAUUUCGAUGCCUGCUUUAAGCUAAACCUGCUGUCCCAUAAGGGCUACGUUUCUGGCUACACACAGCUAGGACGGCCCCGUUACUUCUUGCCCAACGCAUCGAUACAGCAGGUGCUUUUGGAUGGUCAUGCGUCACAGCAGAUUGGUGUGACGCACUGCUCGAACUUCGAUGCUGACAAGUGGGUCAGAGAGAGUAUCGAGUUCUUGGGGUUGUCGUGUCACCCCACCAAGUGCCAGUGGGAGCCGUCGCAGUCAGUGUACCACUUAGGCAUUACGAUCAAUACGGCAGCUGGUGUGUUUGAGGUGCCUAAGCAGAAGCUCGCCAAAUUGCGGCGGCUGGCGAUCGGGUUGCGGAUCACGGCAAAGAAAAAUCGGCGUCUUGUCCAGAAGCCUGGCACCGCUGUACAGUACUGGUGGUCCGAUAUCGCAUGCAGAUGGGGCAAGUCAUACGCCAAGUGGCUGGAAUGCCAGACACCAGACCUGCAGGGGCUGGGCAGAGGCAUGCGCCCACUCAUUCCUCCCUGGCACCGAUGUGCUCACAGGCAUGUCGUAAGGGAUUUACCGGCAAGGUUGUGGCGAAUGCGGACUCAGGCUGAAGCUGCCCUGGACAGUGCCAGACACCGCAUCUGUGUCCCUGGGGCUGCGUUGGAGCAGAAGGGCGGUGAUGCAGCUGUGGUACAGCAGUCCCUCCAGCAGCAGCCUCGGCAGCUGAAAGCAGCUGACAUGGUGCCUGCCAGCCCAGCGGCUGAGUAUGCUCGCUCUUCAGAAGCUGCAGCGGGAGGGCACCCUCGAUGCCAGCUCUGA